AUGAAUCUGGACAACAGCAACACAAUGUCACCCUCCGUGGACGACGCCGGGAGUCUGUCUCCCACCAACUCUCGCGAUGACGAUGAAAACUCACAGCAUCCUCGCAAGCGCCAGCGUGUUCGCCUGAGCUGCCUCGAGUGCCGCCGGAGGAAGCUGUCCUGCGACAGAGGCUACCCGUGCCAGCGAUGCCUGAAGAGCGGCACGCCGGACCGUUGCACGUACGAGACCAAGUCGGGCGUUGUUUUGAACGCGAGCUCCGGCGUCCCGCCCGCUUUCGCUCAGCUCGACUCGCGGAGGAACGGCGAUCUCGUCAUGCCCAGCAAGGAGGCCGACAUGACCGUCAUCCGCGAGGCGGCCAAGGACCACGACCGCAUCCGCCGCCUCGAGCUGGAGGUUUCCCAGCUCAAGACCCAACUCACGCGACAGGCCAUGUCUUCCUUCGACGGCAGCACCGUGGCCGGCACGAACUCGCCGCUCACUCAAAAGGAUGAGACCAGUGACCCGCCCGCGGACCCCUGCGCCAACAACUCGGAAUUGCAAUCCUGCUGGCAUCAGUACAGUGACGGUGACAAGUCAGAGAUCCGCUUUUUCAGGGGCAAGGAGUUCAGGACGCGGUAUUUCGGCCCUCACAACGCCACCAUGGCCUUUAUCGAGUUGACUGGCCUGUGUCCCUUUAUGAAGGAGACGGCAGAUGAGUGGCUGAAGCCCGUCAAGGCUCAUGACCGCAAGGACCGCAAGAAGCGCAAGGAGGACCGGGACAAGUUUUUCCUCCAGCCUGAUGCUCAGCUCGAGUCUCUGCUGCCGCCCAAGGAUCACUGUGACGCCCUGGUGGAGGUCUACAUUGACCAGUUCGAGCAAAUGCACCGCAUCAUCCACAUUCCCACGUUCCGCAGGGAAUACUCGCAGUUCUGGGAGAACCCGACUGAAUCCCGCUACGCCGCACUCACCGCCCUCGUCUUGGCAAUCUGCGCUGUAGCGAACUGCAUUCACACCCACGAGUCUCUAAGGUUCACCGGCAUGAUCUCCAACGCCCACAGCACCGCCGAGAAGUGGAUCAAGGCCGUCGAGGAGUGGCAGACCGGCCAGAGCAUGAAGCAUCGGAAGCUCAUUCACUACCAGAUUGCCUGUCUGCUGUAUCUCAGCAAGCGGGUCAACACGGUGAAGAAGAAGCGUUUCUGGACGAACUCGGGCGCCCUCAUCCAGGAUGGCAUCUCGGUCGGCCUGCACAGGGAGCCCAGCCACAUGUCGGGUAAGAUCUCGGUAUACAACCAGGAGAUGCGGCGCAGGAUAUGGGCGACGGUGCAAGAGUUCGACAUGCAGGCCUCGUUCGACCACGGCCUGCCCACGCUGGUGAGCCAGCUGCACUACGACGUGCAGCCGCCGAGGAAUCUGGACGACGAGGACUUUGACGAGGACACGACCCAGCUGCCCCCGUCCAAGCACGGAAAGGAGUACACGUACUCCUCCUACCAGAACCUCGCCCGCCAGAGCCUGCCUCUGCGCAUGGAGCUGAGCCGGCUUCUCUGCGGUCCGCCGGGGGAGGUCGACUACGACCAGGUCAUCCGAUAUACGAACGACAUCACGCACGAGAUCGACUCGCUGCCGUCGUGGGAGCACAACAACAACAACACGCACGGCGGCAAGAGGCCGCUCCUCGCCUACACGCUGCUUCACAUCCAGCUCCGCCAGUACAUCAUCCCGCUCCACCAGCCCUUCCUCAAGCUCCGCAAGUCCAACGCCAAGUAUCAGUACUCGGAGAUCAUCUACUACAAUGCCGCGCGAGACAUUGUCCUCCUGCACGAUAAGCUCUACGAGCAGGGCAUCCGGUGCCUCAACUUCUUGCGCGAGGACGCCCUCACGACGGCCGUCAACCUCUGCAGCGUAACGAUGCUGCAGCCGCGCGGCUCGACCAACAUGAUCAUGAUUAACUCGCAACACACGGUCAAGCUGCUGGAGAAGUGCCUCUCCAUGAAGGAGGACCGGCUCCUGCGGUGCGGCAACACCGAGCCGUGGGGCUACUCCAUCAUGUGCUCGGCGCUUGGCCUGCUCGAGGCGCACCUGGGCACCAAGACUACGGAGCAGGCCAAGGCGUCGUCGGCGGAACGGUUCGUCAACCUGCACUACAAGCUGCUGGCGAACCAGGAGCCUCCCGUGUCAAGUCAGCAGUCGGAGCUGUCUAGGAUCCCCGGCUUGGAGGUUCCCGAGAGAGCCAAGGUGAGCAUCAUCCCCGGCUUUGUCCCGGCGACGGCGACGGCGGCUGUGGCUGCGUUGUCUUCGUCGUCUCCGUCGUUGUCGUUGUCAUCGUCGAGCAUCGAGCAGCUACUGACUCACCUAUCAAAGUCGAUCACGCCCUUCUCGUUCCAGGGCUACCCAGCGUCGUCGGCAUCGCAGAACACGGUCGACAGCCUCCUGCCUCAGCCGCUGCCGUGGAUGCCCACGUCCAUCGACCCGCAGGUGAGUCUUCACGGCGACUUCUCCCCCCCACUCGUCGCUGACAGUGUCUUGGCAAAGGCGGCGCAAUCGUUCAAUCCCGACUUUAGUCUUGAAGCUUUGGGAUUGAACUUGAACGAGUUGUGGGGAGAAUCGUGGGACUUUAGCUGA